CUUGUUUCUUUAUUUGCCCCGAAAAUAACCCCAACAAAUACUCCUAAAUUAAAUAUAACAAGAAUACACAGUAAAAGUCCCCACCCACAAACCCUAAGCAAAGCAAAACAAAAAUCCCCAAUUUGUUUGACUCGAAAUUGCUCAACACCAUUCAUUAAUUACCCCAUCUCUUUGCCAAUUGGAGCACUCUCGUUAUUAUUUUAUCGCUUACAGCUCCAACCUUUCCUUUUCAGCUCAAGCGGCUCCGCCGAUUACUUCUAUGCUUUUGUUUCUUACUUGAUCAUUUCUCACCCCCUAUUUUUUCGCCGAAUCAUUCGCUUCUUCACUGUUAUCAUCACUUACUCCACACAAAUCUCUCCUCAUCUUAGAUUUACAUUGGUUUCGACAUGUACAAUCCAAAGAAAUUCUCAACCAUGGGCUUGGUGCCAUACAAAGCGCAAGGCAGUGAACAGAUCUCACCGGUUGCGGCUGUAGGUGGACCUCCUGUCGAAACUUCUCCUCCUCCUGCUGGGGCCAAUGCCAAGCAGCGUUUGCGUUGGACAUCAGAUCUCCAUGAUCGUUUUGUUGAUGCCAUCGCGCAACUUGGAGGACCAGACAGAGCAACACCUAAAGGUGUUUUGAGAGUCAUGGGCGUACCUGGAUUAACCAUUUAUCAUGUGAAAAGCCACCUACAGAAAUAUCGACUUGCAAAGUAUCUGCCAGAGUCCCCAGCUGAUGGAUCCAAAGAAGAUAAGAAAAUAUCGGGAGACAGCCUUGACAGUAUGGAUUCUCCUCCGGGACUGCAAAUUAAUGAAGCUUUGAGGAUGCAGAUGGAAGUUCAGAAGCGUCUCCAUGAACAACUAGAGGUACAAAGACAGUUACAAAUGAGAAUAGAAGCUCAAGGAAAGUAUUUGCAAAAGAUUAUUGAGGAACAACAGAAGCUGGGGAGUUCUCUGGUAGGCACGGAGUCCCAACCUGGAGGUGAGGAUAAACAGUUCCAGUCAUACUCACACCAAGCAACUGAUGCAUCUGUUCAGCCGCUGUCUCCUCGGAAGAAGCAAAAGGUGAUUAAUGAAGGUCCAGAUGGAUCUGCCCCUUCACUUGCUGCACCAGAAAUAGGAAACCAUUGGGAUCCGAAGUGGUAUAAUAAUGACUCCCAGUUCAGAGGGCCAAUGGAUUGAUUUCAUUGUGUACCUGAAUAUAGCACAGCUCAAAGAUAGACAAUUGUUUUUAAUGCUUUGUAAUAGAAAUUGUGUAGAUAAUUGGGUAUGUUGUCAUAUAUCGAUGAUUAAGAAUUAUGAGCAAGAUAUUCAUAUGCUUUGUAAUUGUAGUUGGGAGUUGACAUUAGAAGUGCUGAAGACUGAUGAAUCAUACAAUUACUCCGGAGUUUUUAAAUUGA